GAACACGGUCUUGGCUUUAGGGCACAGGCUCGGGAGCCAAUGAGAAGCAGACAUCCACUCCUCUGUGUCCUGCCUGGCUUGGCUCAGCUCGGCGCGCCCUGUAAUUAGGAGCUCUUGCUGGGUUGGGCGCCGCCCGCCACGGUGGACAGCCUGGCUGGCUGCUGCGUCAAGGGAGUUUGGGAACGCCAGCUCCACACUGACUUUGAGGGCAGCAGGAGUUUAGAGCGAACGGGGCCAACUCCAAAAGCGGCUGAAAAGAUCGCUUUCAAAAUGAACGGUCAAUCGUCACCUGUCUUUGAGGAGAAGAAACCGUCCCUGCCCGGCGUGGUGGGGAGCUCCAUCUCCACCAAGGACUCCCCCCCGACCCUGGCGGAGUCGUCCUCCGCCGACGCGGGCUUCUACGGCGGGCAGAGCGCGCUGCACGACUCGCAGGACUUUUACGCGGCGCAGCAGCCGUACGGAGCUCCGCACAUGAACCCGUACACCUACCACCACCACCACCACUACAACCUGAACGGCAUGGCGCCCAGCGGCGCGUACUCGGUGGGCAAGGCGGAAUACCCGUACCCGCAUGCGGCGUACAGAGAUCACGGAGCCUUCGGCAGGGAGGUGCAGGCGGCGCUGCAAGAAGGUGUGAAAGAGGAACCGGACCUGGAAGUCCGGAUGGUCAACGGGAAACCCAAGAAGGUCCGCAAACCACGGACCAUCUACUCCAGCUACCAGCUGGCCGUGCUGCAGAGGAGAUUCCAGUCGGCCCAGUACCUGGCCCUGCCGGAGCGGGCUGAGCUGGCUGCGCAACUGGGCCUCACCCAAACGCAGGUCAAGAUCUGGUUCCAGAAUCGACGCUCCAAAUUCAAGAAGCUCUAUAAGAACGGUGAGUUUCCGCUCGGAGACAUGCCCUGUGAACAUAGCCCAGACGCCAGUGACUCCAUGGCCUGCAACUCUCCCCCGUCCCCGGCUGUGUGGGACAACGCCUCCGGCAACAGCAGCAACAACAACAGCAACACAAACGGCAGCAGCAACGGCAUAAGCAGCAUCAACGACACAAAUGGCGGCAGCCUCAAGAACAGCGCAAUGCUGGAUCCCGCCAGCAGGAGUCAGGGUCCGUAUCAGCCCCCGAUCAGCUCCUCUCCUGCUUACAUGGAGGACUUUACGCAGCACAACUGGUACCAGCAGCAGGGGGCGCACUUAGGCUUGGCGCAGUCAGGCCAGAUACAUCACACGCCGCCAACAGCGCCGUCAGACGCACAGAGUAUGCGAGCCAUCUACUGAGCCACCAAUCUGGACGCUCAACAGCAUUGGUGCUGAAAUACCAGACCUUUUGUUUUUUGUUUUUUUCUCCUCUUGAGAGGAAUUUCAGCGUUGCUGUAACCCCAAAUAACCUGACAGAGAACAGAUUCAAGCAAUGACUGGUAGAAACUACAAAUAUAUUAAUAUUUCCUCCCAAGUCGGACUGAUGUUCUUGUCAGAGAUCACAUGGAUUGAAGUGUUUUUGCACUGCUUAGUCUGAUAAUAUUUUGCGAAUUCUUUUUUUUUUUUCUAUUUGAAAUUUCUCCGUAUUUAACAUAAAAAACUUUUAAUUAUUUGGUCAUUCCAAUAAAUUAUGUUCUGGAUUCGUCCUCUGUCUGUUCCCUACUGAAACAACGUGCUACUGAAACUCACUGCUGGACUUUACCAAACAUGAAGACUAUCAAGGUAAACCUUUUUUUUUAUCAGUAAAAAAAAAAAGAACAGUUUGAUGGACUCGUCUUUGUGUUAAACUGAGCUAAGACUCAAACUAAGAUUUCCUUAUUUAUUUCUCAUAUAUAUCCUCCUGUAUAGAAACACUGCAAUCAAAUGUAAAUAAUGUCACAAUAUUAAAGCUUUGUGUAUUUAGGGAAAAGAGUCUCAACUUCCAACUGAGACGGUAGCUGUUUCUAAAUGUCAAGCAAAUUUCAAGCAAACUUUUAAGACAAAGAAGAAGAAGG